ACGCUUACCGCUUAUGCUCUUUCUCCUCUACGCAUUUCCUCCAGUUGUCCGAUAGCGCCUAACAGGCAAAAUUGAAAACACCUGACAACCUGUUAGCUUUUACAAUUGUCGCUGUUAGCUAUGCUGCCGAUUGCCAGCCAUGUCGCUGGUAGAGCCAAGUUGCAGACGCCUUGCUCUACAUCCUAUACUGUUCUGCCAUCGCACCGCACAAUAUCGCGAGGGCUCACGCACUUGAACGCGGUGUCCGAUAACGGGAAUGGCAAGGCCCAUGCGAAACAAGUCCUGAAGUUCUAUUUCUUCGACCCUGCAAACCCCGAGGAAGUCCGUGAGAUGGAGGCGACGCAUCAUGAACAACAUAGCCACCACCAUCAUAGCAACAAUGGUAACGGGCACGGCCACUCAAGCAGCGGCAACGGGCAUCAUGCCAGCAACGGCUACUCGGCUUCGCCACACGCUAACAGCCACAACAAAGGCACCCAGUUGGCGCAUGUGAAGGACUCAAGUAAGGAUUUUGUCCAGCUGCAGCGGCUUGCAACCCAGCUCGAGGAAACCCGCUCAAUAGUGGUCAAGCUACAACAGUACGAGAUGAUGUACAAGGAAACUCGCAUCCGCUCCAAGCAAAUGCAAGCGGAGGUUGCCACGCUACAGCAACUGCUUGCUGACAAGGACGCCGAGCUGGCUCGGCAGUACAAGCGCAUGGAGACGGAGGCCAGCGAGCGUAGCGGCCUGCGCAGCCAGUUCAACAGCGCAAUUGACGAGGUGAAGGAGCUGCGGAACGAGCUGGAGGAGGCGAGGCAGGCCAUGGUGGAGCUGAGGGGCGCCAUCCCGGCAGCGGUGGGCUCACGCCGCGGCGGCUCGCGGUCGUCUGGGCUGCUGGAUGACGGCUCACCCGCUGCCGGCUCCGGCUCCGGUUCGAGCCCUGACGUGCUGUCCAGCCUGCAGGGCUUGGCGAAGCAGCUGGCGGAGGGCAUGGAGCAGGAGGUGGGUAGCCUGUUUGGCGGGUCGGCGAGGCGGGAGGCAUGAGGACAGAGUAGCGGACUGUUGCCUCGUGGGGUUGGGGCUCAUGUGGACGAGAGGGCAGUGGCUGGGUCGGGCUGGUGGUCCGACCAUGCGCGGUGUCCGUGUGAAGCAGAAAAGACACGCUGUUGUUGGGUUGGGCAGGGAAUUGCGGGAGAGAGGGACUGUUGUACACCAAAGCUGCUGUUAAUCUGUUGACAUGGUGUUGGGCUUGGUAUAUCCCAAUACUACACCUACAUAGGUAUAGGUGAAAGAGAGCUGCCCUUGGGGCCCUUUAACGCGUCGCAGCGCAAGUUGCCGACGCUGCUUUAGUCAACAAAAUCAAGUCAUGCCGUAAUUGUUGUGUGCAAGCAACUACCACCGUGCCUGCACGAUUCCGGGGCUGCGCAUCUUUUUAGACGUGGGUGGCUCAAGAUGCAUUGCAGCGUGGGGGUGCUGUAGACUGCAACUUAGGAAGGGCCAAGGCUUGUUUGUUGCAGGGUGCUGUGUGUGUGGUUCUACUGUGUAGCUUGGUUGUGUGGAAAGGAAACAUAGUGGAAACAUAGGGAAGACAGAGGUCGUAGCGUCGCCAUUUUGGGCCGUCACCGCCAGGCUUUGCCCUUGUGUUAUGUAGCAUGAUUCUGUUGUGCGUGUUUGUAGGAAUGUUAAACUUUCCAGAUGACCGGUGCCUUGCUAUGCUAGCCGCUUCUCGCGCUUUGAUUGCGAUGGGGGCAUGGUAGGGUAGUACCCUGGGCCGACCGUAGGUGAUGACUCUUGUUAUAUUGCCUACUACGUAGGGAUUGUCUCAUAGGGAUUGUGGAACAUCUUCUUUACAUUAGCAUUGCGUAAAUAAUUGGUUAUGAUCUUGCUUGAGGAGGAGCAGGUGGUUGACUUGUCGGUCUCGUUGACUCGUUGUACAGUACUGGCACGGCAGUAGCAUCUUGGUUGUCCGCGUCUGCGUCUCCUGACGCAGUUCCGAUGGACACUUGUUAUGCGCUUAUAGUAUGUACGGGCAAGUGUCAAUAUGCCCUGACAACAAAGAAUCCAUGUGCCUCGCUCGAGUACGUGUUAAUCCGCCGGCAUGGGAGCAUCAUGUGGCGGUUGGGGAGCUGCGCUGCUACUGGAGCGCGUGUGCGAUUUUGUUGAUGGUAUGAUGCCAGAGCUCCUCUAGAUUAGGGCCCUCUUGCAGUUCCUGGCGUAUCGCUCCUUGUGCAUAUCGGUUGAUGGCCAGCGCAAUGUGGGAGGCGUGUCUGUACAGCAUGUGUUGCAUACGUUGGUACCGCAACGGGGCUAAAGUACCGCAAAUUAUGAUAGAUGUUUUUUUGUUUAAAUUAGGUUAUGGGCGCCCUUGUUGACUGGGUGGCAUGUCUGAGGUCUGGCUCGUAUAAGUCACGCGCAAGGCAUUGCCGGAUUCGCCGCAUGCUUCCGUUCAUUAAGGAAAGAUUGUAUACCAGGAUUCCGUGUAUAUGUCAUUGCCAUAUCCUUUGCACUUAUACCCACACAGCCAGAGUCGACGUCGACUGUCAAGCAACUCCCAUACUUAACCGCUCCUGUUGGCUUCCACAAAGUCCUAACCGCCUUGCUCUCCACCAUGCCAAUUUAGAGACGGUGAACAGUGAAAUGUUAGCCACGACAGCUUCAGUGUCAGCCGAGGCUCCUUUCACUAUUUAGUUGCACUGUGCCGACGAUGUUCAACACGUAUGCUCGCGUCUUCAAUGAAGAACCUGAUGAUGAAGCAGCUGCUGCUGCACGCUUGAUUCGUGAGACAGCAGACGCCCCAUCAUCAAUUGCACCCAACGUUGUCACUAGCACCGGAGCUGCGAGGAGCCGCACGCAGCAGGAUGUCCAGCUACGAAAAGGGGGGCCGCGGACUGGGACUCAGGCCACAACCACGGUUGUGACGUCUACAGGCACCCCAUCUAGCAAUCUUAUUGACUUCGGCGAUGACGCGGACACGCGGCCAGGCCCAUCAUCAGCAACAUCCGCAGCAUGCCGGUCGGACAAGUCGCGCUGGGGCCGGAGUCAGCCGCAGGCCCCGCAACAAGUAGAGCUGGUGACGAUUAUGCCUACAGAUCCCUUUGACUUCCUGAUCCAGCCGCGGCAGCAGCAGCCGGCAACAGCAGCAGCACCACCAGCAUCGAGUGGGCGCCCGCGGUUGCACCCCCUGGAUGACCUUGGACUAGAUCUGCAGGGGCCUCCGCACCAGGCCGCCUUCCGCUCCUCCGCCCACUCAGCCGCGUCUACCAGCGCCGGCCCCUUCUCCUCCUCCGCCGCCGCCGCCGUUGCUGCCACAUCCUCCCUCUGCUUUGGCGGUGGCGGCGGAGGCAGCAGCAGCACCGGCGGCUUGACCCCUGCGGGCGGGUUUCCUGCAGGCGGAGGUGGCGCCGCCGCCUCCUCCGUGCCCUCCCUCGGCAGCUUCUCAGACCUUCUGGGCGGUGCCACCGCCACCACCACCACCACCACCAACAACAACAACAACAACAACAACAACAACAACCACUCCAGCGCUACAGGUUACGGCACAUGGGGGUUAGCGGGGCUGGGAGGGCACCCCAACGGCGGCGGCGCAGGCUGGGGUUCCGCCUCCUUUAGCGGCGUGGUAACAGGCUCGGGGAUUCCAGACUUGGGUUUUGGUAGUUUCGGAGCAGCGACGGCGGCGGGGUCAGGAGCGCAAACCUGUACGGCAACAGCAUCCGCGGUUGCGGCCGCUAGGGGGUUACAGCGUCACGUGCAUUCUCAAAGUACGACAGGUAUUGAGGACUUGUUGCAGCAGCAGCGCUGGAGGAGGGAAGCGGAGGCGGGAGGCGCUGCUGGCGGUGCUGGCGGAAGCGGUGGUGCGGGUGUUGGGACGUCGUCAGGCACCUGUGUUACGGGGGCUGCUAGGAGUCAUGCGGCAGCAGCAGCGGCGUCCUUGUUAACGGGGACAGGGGAACGUACGACAGCGGGAACGUCAACAGGACUGCGGCCCAGCGACGUGUUCGAUCCAUUCAGUGACUUCUUGGUUGCGGGAAACGCCGGCACCGCCGCUGUCACGACGGCUACGGGGGUUGCUGGAGCCGGCAGCAGCGGCAGCGGAGCAGCCGAGGGUAGGAGCGUCGCCGGCGGCGGCGCAGAAGCCGGGGCUGGGGCCGCUGCUGCUGCUGCCGGCGGCGGCGGUGGCGGCGAGGGUUAUUCCAUGGCGGCUCGCGAGCUGCUGUUGUACGCGAUUCCGCUGUUCAAGGAGCGGUUGGUGUUCCUGCCGGUGGUGAACUGGAAGGACGAGGCAGACACAAACACUGUGAUGGGCAAGAUGAAUGCGGGGGUGGCCAGCGUGCAGCAAAACAUCAGCAGCAUGUGGCACAGCCUGAAGGACAAGGGCAACCUACCCGCCAAGAUAUACAAAGCGGGUCAGGCCAUCCUUGAAAACAUGAACGCGGAGGAGCGGCUGAUGCGCAACAUACCCAAGCGGGCGAACAAGCUGGUGGUGCACCACCCCGCCUCCAUCCCCCCGGACGAGAUCCAGGACCAGCUCACGCAGCUCACCUCCACCUUCUGCUACAAGUCAGCCGGCAAGGCGGCGGUGGCGGGGGUGAUGCUGCCGGUGGCAGUGGGGCUGGAGAUGAUUGCGGUGCCGGGCAUCGGCUGGUACACCGCCUACCAGCUGUUCAAGUCCACCAGCGCGGCGGCGGGCGGCUCGCGACUCAACAGCUACCUCAAGUCGGACAAGUCGGAAGUGCGCGUGUGCUACGUGCCCUCGCCAAAAAUGGACAUCUACAUCCUGAAGGCCCGCCUGAGUCCCGACGGUGUGCUGGGCGGCGAGGACAUCGAGGACCUGUGCCACGACCUGCAGGAGGCCGCGCUGGCGCACCCGCUCGCCGAGCUGCGCAACCGGCACCUCAAGAAGACGCAGACUAUGAACGCCGAUUACGCGCUGCUUCCCAUGAGUGCGCCCGAGGUGGACGAGCAGUACGGCAGCGGUACGACAAAGAAGAGGAAUUAAGAAGGAAUCCUUUCCUCUUGGGGGUGGUUAGCGUUUGGUUGCUUGCUAGCCGUGUGCUUGUGACGCCGGGAUGUGGGAUGGAUGAGAGUGGUAUGGCAGUGAGUACGAUCACUCGCGGAACUCAACAUUGCUCUCCGUUUUCUCUAUGUUCACACAUUACUGUUACCCGUAACAGAGCAGCCGAUUACUGAGAUCUGACUGCAGUCUUAGAACAAAUGGUUGAUCGGCAGCUGCGCUGGGGUCUGGCCAAGUGACCCGUGGGUCAUUGUGUUCGUAGUGCUUUUACUUGGGCAAGGUCUCUUUGGGCGAAGUGAGAUGCAGGUUCAGAGCUAUGCAGUGCUACGGGGAUAGGGACCAACAGCGUGUAUAACAAUACUUGGUUGCGGUUGCAUCGCAUAGUGGUUGUUGCUUGUGGGCAGUUGUCGUUUUGGAGCAUGAGGCCCAUGCACGCAUGCAUGCACGCUGGGAGAGUAGGCACAUAAGGAUGUAGGCUCGUGUGGGUAGCAGGGGAAGUGUGCGAGUGAGAGGGUAGGGUUGACAGGUCGUGUGGGCUCCUCCAACACUAGGAUUUGACGUAGGUUAGGUAGGAUAAGGUAGGAUAAGAGUAAUAGGAGAGGGGUGUUGGGUUGUGGGGUGUUGCGUGUGCGCAGGUGCAGGAUUGCAUGGGGUACUCAUGACCGGGCACUUCAUCCCGUGCUUCAUCCGGUUGUUUUAGUGUGCGGACCGCACUGCAUGGUUUGUCGUACAGCCGGAGAAACUGUGUGUUUGGGACUUUGGUGCGGUACCGGUACGUACUCAGUAACGUCGCAGAAAGACGUACAGGAUGCGCGGUUAGCAGCGCCUGAGGAUAUGAAAUAUAUGAUAGUAGCGGGUGUUGCAGGGCACCCUAACCCUCCCUUUGCAUCAUCCCGUAUCUGGGGGGGCUAAUGAGGUGGGUGCUACCUUCCUGCGCUUUGCUGUUCGGCGUGGCGUAGCGUUUAUUUGCAGGCCGUUGCUGUGUGAAGGUUUGCUAUGUGAAGAGAAUGUUCCAGGCUUUUAUUGUUCGUAGGGCCUGCCUGGGUAUAGCUAUAGCUUUCUUCCCCUUUCCUCUCCUGCCAUGUGCAUAUGAGAGCUGUUGGUGGGUGCGACUCGCACGUUCACGUGAGGAUGGAUGGAUGACAGGAUCGGCUCACCAGCACGCGCUGCUAGAAGGUACCAUGAUGUCUGAUCGCAGAGAGCAGCCUCUUGGUACGUGCGGCAGGCCCUAAGAACGUAAAACUUUACAUGCUGGCAUGGGGGAGCCGCAUGCAGUUCUGUAACAACAAUGGAAAGC